UUCUCUUGGUUGGAAGGGAGGACAGAUGCGUGCCGUGUCUGCAGGUGGUUUAUGCGAUCCCUCGCGGUUCGGCCACGCUAAAGAAAAGGCCGCUCUCUCGAGUUUGUUGGGCCACGCAUCCAUGAGCCCACGAGUUUAUUGAUCGCUCAAAUCUUAAAAGAUAAGGGAUGGGUGGGUUGGGACCAAGAUCAGAAGAGAUGCCUCGAUACGUGUUUUCGCUUGGGCCUUGCUUCCAGUUGGUUAGCCAGAACUUAGAAGAGACCGAGGCCGCUCAAGCCAAACGUUCAGGCAGGACCGUUUGCUUAAUCCUUGGUAAAACUGUUCCAACCAUAACUUUGAUUUCCGAGAUUGAACGCACGCCUUAGCAUCCCUUACAUCAGAUUCCACGAGGGCGCAAGCUCUGCCGCACCGACACACGCGUGUACAAUACACACACGAAGGUUGGUACUAUGUAUCAAGUAAUAAGUCAGGGAGCAUCUUCGUCCGGCCAGUGGGUUUACGGCGGUGGUCAUGGUCAUAUAAAAGCAGCCGAUCUUUAAUUCCCAGAGCAGCGGCACUGGUGCUGUCCAAGAAUAUAUACCGUAUCCGAUACCAUGCGCAUCCUUACCUGGCCGUUGCCCAUCCUAUUCGUGAUCGCGUUCCCUGCCUCGGGCCGCAGGCAAUCAAGGCAGUCCGAACCUCCCUGCGAAAAUCCUCUCGUUAGACAAGAAUGGCGAGAACUAUCGCUAGAAGGGCGGUUGGACUUCAUAGCCGCCGUGAAAUGUUUGCAGGUCAGGCCAGGGGAGACGUCUGUGGCCUUUUCCGGCGUCAGGUCGCGGUACGAUGAUUUUGUGGCACUGCACAUCAGCCAGGCAGACUAUGUGCACUGGGUUGUGAGCAUCGCCCUAAUUUCGAUUCUUGAUGGCACCGGUCUUUUUUGUGGCUGUUUGAACAAGCCCUUCGGGACGAAUGUUCAUACGGAGGUUCCAUACCACUGGACGCAGGAUGCUUUUGACGAAAUUUCAAUCUUGGAAUCGCCGGUUUUCGACCCCGUGUACGGGCUUGGUGGUAACGGUGAUUUCAUUGCCGACAUUAACCUCUUCCCAGAAGAGCGGAAGACUGAAGUCGAUGUGCCAGGAAGAACGGGAGGCGGAUGUCUUGCGGAUGGACCUUUCGCCGGAGUAAAUGCUUCUAUGGGGCCCGGGAACCAUACCGAGUACACUCCGCGCUGCAUUCGCAGAGACAUCAGCCCGUCAUUGAUGGUCCGAGCACUAGGUGCUGAGCAACUCGCCUCUGUCUUAAACGCAAGCAGCUAUUUUGAGCUCGAGCACCGAACCGAGGGUCUUGCUCUCGGAGUCGAAGGGAUAUCGGUUCACGGUGGCGGGCACUUCGGGAUCGGGGGCAUACUAGGUGAUAUGUCUAAUACGUGGUCGUCGACGGUUGAUCCCAUAUUUUGGCUCCAUCACGGCUCGAUAGAUCGGAUGUGGGAUAUAUGGCAGCGGGCAGAUUGGGCCAACAGGAAAACAGAUAUAGGGGGGCCCGAUACACAAUGGGCGUACCCGUACAACUAUUUCGGCGACAAAGCGUACAAGAACAUCACGCUGGACUUUGAGAUGGACCUCGGCGAAAUAGGAGGCUCGGUGAAGAUCCGCGACAUCAUGGACGCGCAGGGCAAGUACUUGUGUUAUACGUACUCAUGAAAUCGGAGUAGAAUGCGCCAAGAAAAUUGCAUUCUCUCAAGCCCUUGACCUGGCUAAUUCUUGUUCGACCUCCCUUUUCAUCAAGCUCUCAAGUUUUAGCCGUUUGUGAAGAAAAAUCUUGAAUGGAGUCUUUUUUCUCGAUGCUUUUUUUUUUUUUUUUUUUU